AUGCAUGCCGAUGGGGAUCCCUACCGUCUCCGCGUCAAGGUAUCGACCUAUCCUCGAGAUGCCACAGUGGAUGCCGAGAUGAAGGCCAUCUCAAGGAUGGCACAGAUGGACCAGAGCAACGCUAUCGCCAUGGCACAGUGGAACUUUACCCAGAGCUUUGAUACGACUACGCACACAGAAGUUUUCGACCUGAUGAAAGGCUUUCCUGGGUUUUCCCUCGACACAUUCGACGAGUUUCAACGCCCGGCCUUUGCCAAUGCAGAUCGUUUGCCCGCUGCUAUGAUGUUCGUUGAGGGUUUCCCUGGCUCGGGCAAAUCCGCAUUGGGCGUUCAAAUGGUUGGCCUCAUCUGCAAGACUCCCAAUAAGGAGCCUCGUCUGAAGCAAAUGGCCCCUGUGGCUGCCGUCACCCAACCGCCUGUGGUUUCCACUCCGGCGGAGUUCAUCAGCUCGGAUGGUUUACAGCUUGACGAGCAAUACGAGCAACAGUGCAUCGACAUCCAAGUCAAGGCUGCAAUUGAUGAAGCUGCUCGAGAAGAGAAGAGACAGGCUCGGCGCGACGCCGAGGAUGCAGAUGCUGCCGGCGCUGAUGCGUACCCAAACGAAGACGCAGGUCAGGACCAGCAAGAUGGUGGCGAUGGCGUCGAUAUGCAGUGGGAACAGCCUGCAGAGGACGAACAAGUCGCAGCCGCCCCUGCCGACGACACUCAGCCCGCUGGCGAAUGGGCCGCAGCCGACGACACUCAGCCCGCUGGCGAAUGGGCCGCAGCCGACGACACUCAGUUCGCUGGCGAAUGGGUUGCAGCCGACGACGCUCAGCCCGUCGACGAAGGGGUUGCAGCCGACAACACUCAGCCCGCCAACGAAGAGGUUGCAGCCGACAACACUCAGCCCACUGGCGAAGGGGUUGCAGCCGACGAAUGGGCUUCAGCCGACGACACUCAGCCCGCCGACGAAUGGGCUUCAGCCGACGACACUCAGCCCGCCGACGAAGGGGUUGCAGCCGACGACACUCAGCGAACCACUCUGCCCCCUGAUGAACCUCUCCGGCCCGAUAGUCACUCUGAGGCUCACGAUGAGUGGCAAGAUCCUUCCGCUCAUUGGGCAGUGCUCGUCGAUCCUCAGACCCCUGACCGGGAGGAAGAUGUCGAAGCCGUCGACAACCCAGCCGACAAUUGCCAGGAAAACCAGAACAAACCGGUGAAGCCCAUUGUUUGGUGCACCCCAAGCCAUGCGCUCUGUACCGACAUUGUCCCCAAGCUCAUGGAGGCAACAGGACAAAUUGUUUGCCAUGUGCAUCCCCUUGAGGCCGAGCUCAGGGCACUGACUCAUGCCAACACUCCAGUGCAGGCCCAACCCGAUCGUCGUGCCAUGAUGCCUGUUGAACAUGAUCUGUUGCAAACUCUUGACGAGUUUCGGAAGGGACAGUCUGUCGCCAGCCGUGAUCCCUAUAGUCUUUCCACUUUGGCUAUGGAUAUUGCCACGAAUGAUCCGGAUUGGAAUCACAUGACGAGCAUACAGCGCAACCAGCCGCAUCUAUGGCGCAACUACGCCGACCGGUACGAAGAACGUUGCUUUGCUAUUCUGCGUCAAGCCAUUACGCAAUGCCACGUUCUCGUAGGUACGCCGGUAUCCUUGGGCCAAAUCGCCGACAAAUUCGACCUCACUGCCCGCUUUCUUGUUGUCGAUGAGGCUGCACGCAUGACCGAGUCGUCAUUCUGGAUCCCCAUCGCUGCGUUCGGUGGUUGUCCCACUCUGGUCAUUGGCGACACGCGUCAGUUUGGGCCCGUAAGCAAGAAUAGCCAAGCCCGUGGUUCAUCUUGGCGCUCUACUUUCGGCAGGCAGCAUUGCAUGUCUAUCCUCACACGAGCAUCUUGGGCCGCCAUCACUGAGCUCCCGCUAACCAUCAACCGCCGUAAUCAUGGCCAGAUUGCCCAGUUUGUCAAGAAUGUGGUCUACAACAAGGAAAUGGUAAUCCCCCUGUCGGUUGAACAGCAUGCUCUCGUCCCGCAGUUUAUCUUGUUCUUCAACUCCCUCUUCUGCCACAUGGUAUCCCCAUGCGAGGAGGGCGAUCUUCCAACUGCGAACUCUUGGGUCAUUGACCUUCAGGAAGGCGUGGAGAGUGCCAUCGGUACCAGCUUUUCGAACUUGGCUUCAAGCAACUUCACUCUGGAGCUUGUCCGUCGAAUCUUUGCGCAAAACCUCCCCUCACUACACGGCAAUGGCAGAGCAUCGAUUCUUAUCGUGGCACCGUAUACUGCGAUGGUCAACGACAUCAAUGCCGCUCUCGAUACGCAGUCUGAUCGGAAUAUUGUUCGUUCUUUAGUGAGCGCUCGUACGAUUGACUCCAGCAUGAGCUUCGAAGCAGAUGUUGUCAUCGCUUUACACGUUCGUUCAAGCAAGCUUGGGUUCACUGGCGACUCGAAGCGUGUGGCUGUCAUGACAUCCAGAGCUCGACUUGCAGCGAUUUACGUCGUUAGCACGCGUGAUUGGGAAAUGGACGGCGAGGGCAGAAAGGCAUCCAAGCAUUCGCGACCCAAUUAA